AUGCCUUAUAUCUUCCAAUCGCCUUCGUCUUCUGCCGUGCAGAACAUCUCCGCACGAGGCACCGCUGAUGUGACGUCGUCCACGCGAAUCUCACUUCGGAACAAGAAAGCCAAUAGGCUGUUGGUUGAUUGUCAAAACCUCCAAAGCCCCUACUCGACUGCCCCGAUAUCCCGUAUCCCGGUCGAACUGUUGUGUGAUAUCUUUAACCUCUAUACCAACGAUUCACAAACAGCGCCCGCGCGCAGGCCCACGUUCCUACAAGGCAGUCCGGAAUCCCCUGAACCUUGGACAAGUUUGCUCCCACUGGCGAAACAUCGCAAUCAACCUCCCCACGCUAUGGUCAACCAUGUCCAUUUCCAACCCACCAAUGCGCAUGCGUAUCUCGUCAAUCUGUGGCUCGAGCGGGCUGCUGACCAACCGUUGGACAUAACGCUCACCCACCUCGACAACCUACCGCCUGCGUGGGCCAUCCUCACCUCCCUCAUUCUGGAAGAAGGCACGCAUUGUCCUUCCAUUCGACCUACUCCCCCAUUUUGCGAAAGCCCUCCGACAGUCUCGCCGAUGCAAUACGCUCGAGUCAGUCCAGUUUUAUGA